AUGCAACAACCAAUCUCAGCUCAAGACUCUCAUGAGUCUUCAACAUCUUCAUCUUCAAAUCAAAUAGAUGAUCCUGAAAAAUUCUUUUCAAAAGAUCUCGAAGCUAAUAUUAAUAAUAAUAAUAAUAAUAUUAAUAAUAAUAAUAACAAUAAUAAUGGAGACUUUUCCCCUCAACAACUUUCAAGAAGAAAUUCAAUCGCUUCUGAAAUGCCAUCUUUAGAUGAACAAGAAGCAAUCUCAAGAGUUUUAACUGGAAGAAUCCCAGAUUUAAAUGCACCAUGUCCUCCAAUGGGUGGUGAUAGAGAUUACCCUCCACUACUCCCACAACAAGAACAAUACAGAGUAGACUUUACAGGCCCUGAUGAUCCCUUACACCCUUUUAACUGGCCAUUAUCAAAAAAAAUCGUCAUUGCAUCUUGUCUUGGUGCUACAACUUUUACUUCCGUAUGGGGAUCUUCAGUUUUUUCUCCUGCCCUUGGUGAAAUCUCUGAAAAAUUCCAUGUCGCUAAUGUAGUCUCAUCUCUCACAAUUGCCCUAUUUGUUUUAGGAUUCGCAUCAGGUCCAAUCAUUUGGUCUCCACUUUCUGAACUCUACGGUAGAAAAUUCCCCAUAGUCAUUGCCCUCUUUCUUUUUACAUGCUUUACUUUUGCUACUGCAACUGCAAAAGACCUUCAAACUGUAAUCAUUUGUCGCUUCUUUAGUGGUAUCUCUGCAUCUGCACCACUUACAAUCGUUGCUGCUGUUUUUGCUGAUAUCUUCCCCAAUACUGGUGCAAUCUCAAGAGGUACUGCUAUUAAUAUCUUUGCAGCAAUUGUCUUUUCUGGUCCAAUGGUGGCCCCAAUUGUUGGUGGUUUUAUUGUUCAAUCUUAUUUAGGUUGGCGUUGGACUGAAUAUCUUACUGGUAUCAUGUCUGGUACAACACUUUUAGCUGUUGUUUUAUUUAUGGAAGAAACUUAUACCCCAAUUAUUCUUGUUCAUAAGGCACAAAUCAUUAGAGAACGUACAGGUAAUUGGGGGGUUCAUGCUGUUCAUGAAAAUGUUACCCUAGAUCUUUCUGAAAUUAUUACUAAAACAAUUACUAGACCUCUCCGCAUGCUUGUUUCUGAGCCCAUCAUUCUUCUUUUGGCAAUUUAUAAUGGUUUCUGUUAUCUUAUUCUUUACCUAUGUCUUUCAUCUUACCCAUAUGCUUUCCGUGGUUUAUACCAUUUUGCUCUUAAUUUAUCUAUGCUUCCAUAUCUUGGAAUUCUAAUUGGUAUGAUUCUUUGUGCCAUUUUAAUGAUUUUAUUUUUCGAACCUCGCUAUGAACGGAAACUUCUUCAAACAGGUGUUAAGUCUAACCCAGAACUUCGUCUUGAACCUGUUCUUUUAUCUGCUCUUGUUUUCCCUAUUGGUCUUUUUUGGUUUUUUUGGACUGCAAAUUAUGCUGAUCAUGUUCAUUGGAUUGUUCCAACUAUUUCAGGUAUUUUCACUGGCUUUGGUCUUAUGGGUAUUAUGGUCCCCUCUAUGAAUUAUAUAGUAGAUGCAUACUUAUGGUUUGCAGCUUCUGCUCUUGCUGCAUUGACCUUUUUACGUUCUAUGUUUGGUGCUUCAGCUCCAUUAUUUGCAGACUUUAUGUUUGAUCGAAUCCAUCUUAAUUGGUCUGGUUUAUUAUUAGGUUUAUUGGCGGUAGCAAUGGCUCCCGUACCUUAUUUAUUUUUUGCAUAUGGCAAAAAGAUUAGGGGGGUUUCCAAGUAUGCUUUUGAUGGAUGA